AUGGAGGGGCUAGAGAACGAGCUCCCUCUAGUUCUCGAUGGCCAGGUUCCGCUCGGCGACCUUCUUUCCAGGGUGGCUCAGGCCAUCUAUGCUGAGUUGUCUGAACUUGUAGAGACUCUUCCGAACAUGUCUGACAGUGCUCGAAAACGCACGCUCGCUGAUUGGGUCGUCAAGACUAAGAAACAAGUUGUAAAGCUGUAUGCUAUCACUAAGUGGGCGCGGGAUGCAGAGACUGUACAAAAAUGCAUGAACAUCACUGCCUUUCUAAUGAAUCAGAACCAGCAAUUCGAAGAUGUCAUGAGAGGCCUGACGUACGCAAAAGAAAGCUUGGAUCCGGCCAGGCUACGAAAUCAUGAUCUACUCACCUCGCUGGAUGUCCUUACUACUGGCACGUAUCAGCGCCUCCCAUCUGGCAUCAAGAAAUCUAUCGUUCCCAUCACUCCCCUAACGGAUCCUGAGAUCAUUCGCACCCUUAGUGACAUGGAAAACGCCAUCCGCUACCGUCUCCGCAUGACGGAGACAAUCCCAGUAGAAAUGCUUCAACAUCGCAUUGCUAAUGGACGCGUGCACUUUAUGGUCCCCAAGUUGUUCGAAACUGCCAUCUGCCUAAGAGGUGCAGAGAAGAAUGACGGGUGGUUCUUUGUUAGCGUCAAGUUCCUCAUCACCGUCGGUGGUGACCUUACGGGCAUGCAAGAAUUCCCUUCCGAGCCCACUGGCGUCCUCAGACGACACAUUGCAGACGAGGCAGACUCACGAAUGGCAUGCUACCUUCCGCUCCCAGAUAACCCAGAAUUUGCUCCGAACCCAGAAGAUCCACCGCGACCGCAGCUUCCCGAGGGAACAGUAGAUGCACCACUCGUUAGACUCUUUAAUUUCCUUCAAAUGAUGUCCAUGUCCUAUCAACUUGAAAUAUUGUGUUACCAAGCUCAGAGGAUGCGCUCCCUUGGUUGGGCUGACUUCUUGAAAGUUGAGAUGCGCGAUGGGCGGAAAACACUCGCCGUAUCGUACUGGAUGCGACCUCCACAACCCGGAGUCCCCGCGUCGGCCCCCAAUCGGCUCAAGCUACCACCGCAUGGCGGCACAUUGACUAUAUCUAUUAUUGAAAAUGUCAACAAAAAGACCGCGCGAUCACCCAUGUCGCGGAUGCUUGCCGAGCUUCAACGGAGGUCAAAACUAGGUGAUAUGCGCCCUUCUGAUGAUGUCGAAAGCCUACAGUUUGAUGCGAAAUGGGAACCGCUGAAGGGCGUGUUGGCUGCCAAUAUCGAUGCUGAGGAAGCAAUAGCUGCGGUCAAGGAGCUUGUGGUGGACUCUGGUAACAUUGACUUUGAGUCGAUGUUGAGAAAGGUGAUCGAGGUGCACACACAAGCAAUUUUGAAAUUCUACCAGGUGCAACUUCAACGGGGUCCUGUUCGGGUGUUCUCCCCUGAAGGCAAAGUGGUUCUGGUUUCUGAAAUCAUACAAGGAGGUUAUCAUUCUCUUCACGUGCAUCUCUGUGCGGAUGAGAUCGCUAUCGUGACCAUCGAUACCAGGACAGGCCGUCUGAGCAUACGAGAUACAGGUGACCUCGCAGCAGCUGGCCGAGGACCACGAUUUUCUGCUAUCUCCGACAAACUCAACGAGGCCCCCAACAUGCUUUUCGAUGUGCUCAUUAGGCUGCGAUUUAACACGAUUUCGGAUAUUGUGGAACAAAAAGCCAACUAUCUCGGCUUUCAAGUGUUCCGACACCGAAACUUCUCCAAAGAAGAGAUUCAAAAGCUUGGAGCUGCAGCGCGCGGCAUGAUGUAUAUCCAGCUUGCUAACUUCCCUACGCACUACCUCGUGCUUGUCCUCACAGAUGAAGAGUUCAGGUAUGCGCUCAUAUCGACGAAGAUGCUCUCGGAUACGAUGUUUGGCAACAUGAUUAUGGAGGAUAUUGGGUGGCUUGAUGUGAGACGAAUACGAGGUGAUAGGGGUGCUGGCAUGGAUGAGGUUGUGGUGUCAUCUCUGUCGCAUGAAGGACUGAUGGGGCAGAGGAGAAGACGAGAGGAUAUCCCUCCGGAAUUCUCUCGAAUUUUUGUUGCUAACCGUGAACAUAGUUUCAACUUGGAAACGCAAGUGCUCCGGGAAUUAUAUGCGUAUUGCUGCGCACGCGUUGCAUAUACCCGAGUCGAGCGCCAGUUCAAGCUCCGUGGCAUCCCUUACACCCAUGUCAACCCCACCAUCACCCUUCCGCAGAUACCCGAGCUUGGGCACAUUCAAUCAUCUCUCGCCCGUUCUGUACCAGCACUCUGCGUUCAGUCCUCCGAUAUUCUAUCCGGUGCACCAGCAGCCGAGGCGGCCAUGCCCAACAUCCGCGUCAUACCAUUGAACUGGUGGUCGGAUAAGAAGGCCCAGGUGGUAACCUGCGUGAAGUUGAAGUACGUACAACAACCCGUUGGGAAACGUGCUGCGGCGGGAUCUAGCAGCAAGAAUAUCAUCCGUCCAUCGAAAAGGAUCAUUUAUGAUGCGGCGGAGGCUGUGGUCUCCUUUUUGUCUGAAGAGGUCGACACUUGUGUGGACGAGUUUCUGGAGGAGUGGGCCCGUGUUUCUAAAAUGGUUGUCAUUGCCCGUGAAGUGGCACGAAUGGCGAAAGAGAAGAAAUGGCGGGAUGUCAGGCUAUUAUCAUUUGACUUGCAAACUGUAGAGUUUGCGUAUGCCUCGGAUUAUACCGUCCUAAUCACUUGUACGGAUCAACUAUCGCCUACGGGUGGAUCUUUCGAACUUCGCUUUUCGCGGUGUACGCCUUCACCGACACACCCACAACCUUCCUCUCUCGCUCCGCCUCAACUUGGCUUCCCAAAUCAUCACCUACGGACCAACCCCCAUGAACAAGCCGAGCCAUACCUCCGCCAUGUUCUUCGCCACGGACCACUGUCGUCCUCACUUGACCGUCUUGUCGAACUGCUUCGAAAUACUCUUCCCAUAGCGGUGGAACUUGAACAUAUUAAUGCAAGCGCCCGUGAUCUCAAGCAGUCACCGGGUCGUGGUAGAGGUCGGCCACGUAUAGCUGGGAAGACCGCUCCCUCUGAACCAUGGGUGGAUACAUAUGUCAAAGGCUUGGGCUGGUGGAGGGUUCUAUAUGGUGACCUCAGACAUGCUCUUGACUUCCGGUUAAUGACGGGACAACGGAUCGCUAUCCUAGAUGCGUCCUACUCUCUUUUCGGUACAAGCUCGCCCGAUGCUUCCGCUUCAUCUUCUUCACCGUCUUCUGAGCUUCUCAGCCUACUACCGAUUCCAGACUUCAAGACACUUGUUCUCGAUGCCAUAAAGUCUGUUCGUGUGAAUGACGAGCAUGCAAGGGCUGCAUGCAUCGACGUCGGGGUGGUCUGUGAUAGCUCUGUUCUGAGCGCUGUGGCGAGGGCGUUGCAUGAACGAGUGUUGAAGAAGUUGAGGGGUAGGUGAUGCGCACUGACUUAUCUACUUCAUUGGCAUUCUUGACGUACAUCGUGAAUGCAUCCUUUGAAAACAUUUCCGCUAUUUUAUGAAGUGAGUCUUGUGAUUUUCUCGGUUUACU